UGCAGUAGGAGGUGCCAUGCAGGGGGAGGUAUCGAAUUUUGGCCAAUCAAAAAAAGGUGUCUUGUCUGGGCGUUAUUAGCAUGUGGGUCUGUAAAUAGAGCAGGCGCGAGGCGGGCGCUAGUCAUUCUCUGUUUCUUUACUCGAGAAGCAGCAUCAUGCCCGAUCCAGCCAAGACUGCGCCCAAGAAGGGAUCAAAGAAAGCCGUGACCAAGACGGCCGGCAAAGGAGGCAAGAAGCGCAGAAAGUCCCGGAAGGAGAGCUACGCCAUCUACGUGUACAAGGUCCUGAAGCAGGUGCACCCUGACACCGGCAUCUCAUCCAAGGCCAUGGGCAUCAUGAACUCCUUCGUGAAUGAUAUUUUUGAGCGCAUCGCCGGUGAGUCUUCUCGUCUGGCUCAUUACAACAAGCGCUCCACCAUCACCUCCAGGGAGAUCCAGACCGCCGUGCGCCUGUUGCUUCCCGGCGAGCUGGCCAAGCACGCCGUGUCCGAGGGUACAAAGGCCGUCACCAAGUACACCAGCUCCAAGUAAAGUGCGUUACCGCCGUCUUCAUCAACCUAACGGCUCUUUUAAGAGCCACCCACUUCUCAUACAAAGUAAUUUCCUCUCUUUCGCUUUCUCUCUCGCUGUGUGUGUGUGUGUGUGAGGGGGAGGGGGACUUCUGAAGCGCUGCACUCCCGCGGAUGUUCAGGCUUUUGGGUAAUUCUAGCAGUCUGCUAAAUGCAGAGAUGAGUAAAUCUAAACAGGGUUGUAGCACGGUUUCGGGGGUUGUAUAAUCUGAGCAAUACAAAAUGGGACUUUAGCAGCACAAAGUUAUUCGUAUUAAGAUUGUAGCAACAGGAAGUAGUUGAAAAUGGUUUUCUAGUAGCACAUAAUCAUUCUAAAUCAGGGGUGCCCAAACUUUUUCCUGUGAAGGGCCAAAAAUCAAACUUGAUUGAGGGCUGUGGGCCAAAAGUAAAUGUUGCAUUAUACCAAACUGUAUUAUAUUAAAAUUAAAGUUGCCAUGGUUUUCAUUUAUCAUUUCAUAAUAUUUACAAAUAAAUAAAUUAAUAGAAAAUGUUAGUCUGUAUCUGCUUCACUAAUGCAGUUUUAUUUUCAGAGUUCUAUAGUUCAAUGAAACUUAUAGUAUAAUUAAAACAUAGAACCAAUCCCAUUUAUAAUACAUGUUCAAUACCUAAUACAACUAUUCAAGCUAUAAGCAAUACAGCCACAUGCCUGCAAUAUCAGUGACCUCUAAUGAGACACAUGAAGCUGGUCCUUAUUUUUCCAACAUUUUUCCAAAUUGGGAUGCAGUGGACUUACUGUCAAAGUCAGGAUAUUAUGGUGGUGAGAGUCAGUUAGUUUGCAUCUCAGUUUACACUUGUUUAAGUUCAUCAGACUGAAAGUCUGUUCACAGUGGUAGGUACUGCCAAACAGAGACAGCAUCACUUGUGCCUGUUUGCACAUCUGUACCUGUUUGUGGGGACACGUUUGUAGAAAUCUGUCAAGGGAAGGGACCUGAACUUGUGUUCAAGCUCAAUUGGUUCCAUCUGUAGAUCAUCACUGACUGUGUCCACACUGAUGGUGAAGGGUUGAACAAACCACUCAAAGUCAGAAGCAUUGUGUCUGAAGUCCUCAAAGCGUCUGUCAAACUCCUGGAAAAGGUUGCUGAGAACAGCAUCAUACUCAGGUACCUUCUCUUUCAUCAUGCCUGCCUCUCUAAAACAGGGAAAAUGGGCUACAUUUCCUGGAUGUGGAGAUGAGAGAGAGGAACAGUGUGAGAUGGGGAGUGAAAGAAGAGAGAGGGAGGAAAAUAGAAUAAAUAACUGACAAAACAAGGAAAUUAAAUCAUGAUAAUUUAAGAGAACUUUGACACAAAAUUUAUCAGCUUGAUUAACAAAAAAACCCAAAGCUGACACCACUGGAUAUAAAUGCUAACUAAAUAUAAGUAUUAAUAAUAACAAUAACUGCACAUAAAACUAUGGUGAAUAUUAUAAUUGUGAAUGUUAGCUGCUGAGAGAUGUCUUCUGAGCAGCAGUAGUUUUUGUUUGAAGGCUCUGACGUGAUAAAAAAGCUGGGUGAUAAUCUGGUCUUUUCCCUGGAGCUGAACAUUUAAAACAUUGAGCAGCUCUGUGACGUCCACCAGGAAAGCCAGGUCAGAAAACCAUUUCUUAUCCAUGGGCUCUUGAAUACUACCAAUCUUGCUUUCCUGAAAAGCUCUGAUCUCAUCACGCAGAUCAAAAAAUCUCCUGAGAACUUUUCUUCUGUUCAGCCAUCUAACCUCCUGGUGGUACAACACAUCACCAUAUUGCACAUCCAUCUCAUCCAACAGUACCUUGAACUGCAGGUGAGAGAGCGCCUUGGAGCGUAUAUCAUUCACAAUUUUGACGACGUCACGCAUCACAUCCACAAGCCCGAUGGAUUGGGCACAUAGCUGUUCUUGAUGUAAAAUACAGGAAAUCUGAUAGCUGGCCCGUGUGGCACUUUCUUGAGCUGAUGAAGGAUGUAGCAGCGCGCUCUGCUCAGAUCGAAGUUUAGCAAGCAGCUCGUUAGCCUUCUGUUUUCAUGCCUCGCCGCUGUCCUUUGAGAAAGCUGAAGAACGUUUUGUUUCAUAAUGACGGAUUUUGUACUCUUUCAAAACAGCAACUGACUGCUUGCAAACUAGACACACAGCCUUUGAAUUGAUUUCAGUAAAUAAAAAGUCAACUUGCCAAACCUUUUUAAAUUUCCUCUUGUCUGUGUGCCAGUGCCUGGAUCUCUCCAUUAUUACCUGUUGACUGUCGCAAUGCAUGCUGGCCUUGAAGUAUGCAUGUACAUUAAAUGUAGAGAAUAAGAAUUAGAA